AUGAGACAAAAUCUGGAUUCUGGAUUCUCUGAACGGAGAACCCCACUCCGGGUCUACUUCGGUACGACUCUCUACAAUGGAGCUGCGCACGUCCUAGUUUCGGGUACUCCCAGCGGAUCCCGCUGGACUGCUUUCGCUAUGGUCAUUGUCAUUAGGGUCAAGGUACCAUUUGUACUCAGUAUAACAGUCAGCUUCGCAUGA